AUGGUUGCCAUUUCUAACGGAAGACCGCCAGCCUGUGCCCAAUGCGGACGGCGAGACCCAUCGGGGAGGGUGGAUGAGCGGCAAACGAAACAAUUCUUUUGCUCCGGCUGCUGGGCCGCCUACGAAUCCGACCGCUUGAAAGAGUUUUUCGACGCGAAGCCAGAGUUGGAGGCAAAGUGCGAGAAACUGGCGCAGAUGAUCUCCAAAGCUCGCCACGUGAUUGCGUUCACAGGUGCUGGUGUGUCCACUGGCGCUGGGAUCGCAGAUUUCCGAAGCGGUAUGAACACCAGCUUGCCAACUGGACCAGGAUUGUGGGAGAGACCGAAAGGUGAAACACCAUCUAAAAACAUCCUGGAGCAGUGCGUCCAGGCCAGACCUGGUCCGACUCACGGCUUCCUUUUCAGACUCUGGAAGGUCGGAGUGCUCAAGCACAUCAUCUCGCAGAACGUUGAUGGAUUGCACCGCAAAUCCGGAAUUACUGCAGAUGCAUUGAGCGAGCUGCACGGGAACAUCUUCGUGGAGAGGUGUGUCGAGUGCGGCCGCGAGUACGAGCGUGAUUUCAACACCAUCUGCAGCGGCGGCUUCACCGGCCGCGAUUGUGAGGCACCCGGAUGUGGCGGGCGGCUGCGCCACAGCGGUGUUGGGUUCGGCGACGACCUACCCCAGAAGGUGGUGCAAAAGGCCUGGGAGGAGGCCGAAGCCGCUGAUCUCUGCCUGGCGCUGGGCAGCUCAAUAACUGUGACUCCUGCAUCAGAUAUGCCAGCCUGGGUCGCACAGCGCAAUUCGCGCAGGCGGGAUGCUGGUCUAGUGAUCGUGAACCUCCAGGCAACUCCUUGUGACAGCAUCGCAGCUCUUCGCAUCAACGGCAUGGUCGAUGACGUCAGAAGCGAAGCUGGUGCAGAGGGGGAUCUUACCAUGCCGACAAAGCACCGGCGAACUUGCUGGUGCAUAGGCGAAUUCUGUGGAAAGAUUUUCAAGCAUCUAGGUCUUACGCUUGAGGAGGCCGAGAUGCUGGCGGCGCGCCUGGCGCACCUGUCCCAGACAGCCGUGGCUGUCGACCUAAGCGCCGUUCAAGAGCUGAAGCGCCUUCCUCGGCGACAGUCCGGCGAAUCCGAGGAUUCCCGUGAUGUUCGUUGGGCCCAGUUCACUCCACGACAAGGACGCCAGGCUGCACCUCCUACAGCACCUGCCGUGGCUGCACGAGUUCGCUUGCGCUCAUCACCAGAUGGCUCGGAUUGGAUCUCCGGAAUCUUAGUGGGACAUGGACCGCCUAAUGCACCAUGGCGCUGCAGCAACGGCAGCAGACAGUCCUCUGUCGAAGCACUUCUCGACAUAGUGGACGACCAGGGGCUUUUGUGGGAGCAGCUGCCGCCGACGCAAGUGAAGCUUCCAGCGGUGCAGAAAGGCAGCGGAGGCACGACCAGUAUGCCACAUGGGGCAGAAAAUCGCCCAUUCCUGGAAACUCGUCGCCUGCCUCCGCCACCUCCAGUUGCGCGCGAAGUACCUCCUGCCCAACAGCGGAGUCGAGAAUCAUCGCGGGAAGAGGUGCCCUUCCUCCAGCCGCUGGAGUUGCCACAGCCGCCACCGCCCCCGUUGGCUCAGCCCGCGGCUUGGAGCUUUUCGAUUCGCAGCUCAGUUGUUGAAGACGGAAAAAUUCAAUUAUCCCCUCAAUUUCAAAUAAACCCUGUGAGACAUGCUGCACUGGAACCCAGUAUGCACUUGCUGUGA